AACAAAAGUUAAACUAAUUUUUCAAAUCAUAUUUAAAUCAUAAAUUGUCUUCAAUUUGAUUGUGAAUUGAGUUUAAAGUGGUUUUCAGUAUAUUUACCACAAAUAUAGGCCACAAAUGGGUUACAAAGUGGGAGACGUUGUAAUGAAAUGCAAACCAUUUGUGCACUCAUUGAAUGCCUCCCAAAAGGCCCAGCGAUGCGACCAUUGCUUCAAAAUAAACGAUAACCUCCGGAAGUGCUCGAAGUGUAAGUCGAUGUACUAUUGCGAUCAGAAGUGCCAAAGAAGUGAUUGGAGUGAUGGUCAUCGACACGAAUGUCAUUUAUACGACACUUUCUAUGAUAACUGUUUGACCAGAGAUUGCGAUCGAUUCCUCUUAAGACUUCAUCUGAUGCUCGAAAACAAUGACCAAAAUCGGACACAAACUCAUGAGUUCAACGGCCAGAAGCGGUGUUUCGAU